AUGAAGCUCUGGCAAAUUAUUCCAGCUAGCUCCCUCUUCUGCAUUGUGGCAGCAGUUCCUGCCGGCACUAUCCCCGGCAUCACAUUGCAGCCACAGCUUCCAUUUACCCCAGGCUUCAGUGGAUCAGGCGGCACCCAUAAGCUGACCUUGUCUCAGCAGCUUCUGCUUGCCCCUUCUCGGUAUGCGAAGUACCAGUUGCUGGCAAACGAGGACUUCAUGUUCGAUUUUGGAAAUAGUUCAAAGAACAGUGAGCUUAGCUCUGGCGGAUACCUGGUCGAUGCUACUGGCGAGACAUUUCCAGCCCUCAUAGGCCAAGGCGUCGGCAUGGCAGUUAGCAUUAUGGGGCCUUGUGGCUUUAAUACUCCUCAUUCUCAUAACGGCGGCACUGAGUUCAAUCUCCCAUUCAACGGCACGAUACAGACGUUCAUGAUGCUUGAGCCACCAGCUACUCAUUCUGGCGCUACUCCUCGAGUGGUGAAUUUGACGCUGAACGCUCUUCAGGCGACUAUAUUUCCACAGGGCUCAAUACACAUGGAAUUUAAUCCUUCCUGCGAGACUAUAGCCUUUGUGGCUGCUUUCGGCACUGAUGAUUUUGGUCGAACGCAGCAAUUCGAAUCCCUCUUUAGUCUGCCUGACAUCGUCCUCGAAGACGCUCUUGGGCGUACUCUUGAUGAAUACGAGAUCGAUAUGGUCCGGAAGAAGAUCCCUGGUCCAGUUAUUCUUGGCGUUGACGAAUGCAUGCGAAGUUGCGGGAUGUCCCGACCCCCCCGACGCCAUACUUAA